AUGCCGAAUCUGAUCAUAUCGGGAAUUUUAUGCAUCCUUUGCUUAAGCGUUAUAACCACGGGACAAAGUGCCGCACGCCGUUACGGUUCCGCAAGUAUACCAGCUCGCCGUCCAUUGACCAGACAACUCGUGGUGCAAUGUCCGGCUCCAUACUUCCCCAACGGAGAAGCAAAACUUCGCAACCGUGGUCGGAUGAUGCGAUUCGAUUGUUCGUACGGUUUCAAGAUAGUUGGUAAUCGGUACUCUAACUGCCAAAACGGCCGGUGGGACACCUCGAUACCGGUUUGUGUGAAAUCUGGCUGUAGCACGCUGCCCCUGGCAGAAUCCGGAUACAUUCUGUACGAGCAAAAUAAAGCCACAGCGUGGCUGUCCUGUUUCGAAGGGACAGAGCUGGCUGGAUCACGAUACACUUACUGCAACGGAACGCACUGGGAUCGACCAUUGGGAGUGUGUCGUAAAACCGGUGAAGCCACUCCGACCACGUGCGAUUUUGAGUCGGAAUCGCUGUGCUCUUGGACAAACGAUGCGUUACACGAUUUCGAUUGGAAGCGCAGCGACGGAACGUUAAACCCACGUGCCCUCAGGACAGGACCAAAGUACGACCACACGACAAUGCAACCAAAAGCGGGCCAUUUCGUUAUCGUCGAUUCGAACGAGCAGCUGACGAACGACACGGCCAGGUUCAUUUCGCCCAUGUUCGAACCGGAACUCAGCACCGGUGCCUGCUUCAAGUUUUACUACCAUAUGUACGGUGAGGCGGUGGGCACGCUGAAGGUGUACGUAAAACCCAUGGCCAGUGACCUGUACGACCUGAAGCCACUGUUCACGCAGGAGGGCAACCAGAAGAACGUGUGGCACGAGGGUUAUUUCGAUAUCGCGCAGCAAACGGAACGGUUUCAGGUCGUGUUUGAAGCGAGUCUUGGGAUGCGAUACAAGAGUGAUAUCGCGAUAGACGACGUUAGUUUGCUGCAGGGUGAAAGCUGCAGGCAGGCGGUUGAGGAUGGGAUGGAAAACCCCGACGAGCCGCCGACGGAUGUGGAAAAAAUACCGGUGAUGAUCGAAUCCUGCGAGAACCGGUGCGGCAGCAGUAUGGCGGCUGUGCUGAAUAGCAGCGAUACGAUCGUGCACUGCGAUUGCCACGAGGAUUGCGUGAUGACGGUGUCCUGUUGUCCGGAUUACCGUGAACGGUGCGUGUUUGAUGUUUUGGUACCGGAUGAAAAUGUUACGAUCGUGACCACGACCACGACCACCACAUCCGUUCCACCGACGACGCCGACGACGACAACGGUCGAGGUUAAACCGACUACGACAACGUCCACGAGUACCACUAGUAGUAGCACCGUUCAGACUCCUUCUACCAGUCCGUCCACGGUGCCAUCGACGACUUCGACGGAGGCUAAAACGACUCCUCGAACAUCUUCGAGCACACCCGUGACUACCACAAAGCGGUACAAUCUACGUCCAUCCAGACCGCCGUUGGUUCCAAUGACUAACCGACCACGGUUGAGCAUAAACUCCACGACUGUGGCAACCACGCCGACGACAAGGUCGACGACUGCAGCAUCCACAUCCACGGUUAUGGUCACGAAGGAAGUUACCAAAGAAUCCGACAUGGUUACUUGGAAUGCGGGGUUGGAAACUUCAACGGUUGAAGUGAUUGCGUCGGGUUUUGAGAUUGCGCCGGUAUUCGCCAGUGAAACAAACCACAACCAACCGAGCUUGAUGAAGAUUUUCAUGUACACGGUGGUGGGAUUGACGUUGUUCGUGGUCAUCCUGAGUUUAUCGUUCUACCACGCGCGAAAGUCACGCUCGGGCGUGUUGGCACGUUUGAAGGAGAAGUCUCAGAAAAGCGGGUUCGAGGAUAUUCGGUUCCUCGCGGGAGAGGAGGAUCUGGAUUUUAACAUUUCGCAUGAACCUACCGAGAGGAAAGGGAACGGCAAAAAGGAUGAUAAAUCGCAGGAAACCAAAACGCAGCAGAUUGGUGCCAUGGCGGAAGGGAAGCAGUGCAAGAAGAAAGCGAAUGCCAAAUGUGAAAGCAAACCAAUGGAAAACCCCUAUGAUGAUAUGAGCGUGGUGCCGCAAGAUAAGGGCAGAGACGGGGAUUCUAGUGACGAUUCUACGGACGAGGAAGGCGAUUAUGGUGGUGCUGGCGGGAAAAAGACACACUCGAAGGCGAACAAAAAACCAUAUCAGAAGUAUUUAAAGCACCACGAUGAGGAUAUGGAAUCGACCUUACUGUGA